UCAUCAAAGAGUAUUUCAAUUUCUAGCUUCUAAGAGAAAAUUGUGGUCAAAGAUGCCUCGUGGGACCCUUGAAGUUGUUCUCAUUGGAGCAAAAGACCUCCAUGACAGUGAUUUGUUCGAGAAAAUGGAUCCCUACGUGAUCCUCUCCUAUCGAUCUCAAGAGCAUAAAAGCAGUGUAGCCAAAAAUGCAGGAUCAAAUCCCCGUUGGAAUGAAAGCUUCCUUUUCACAGUUUCUGACAAUGCUGCUGAGCUUAAUUUAAGGCUAAUGGAUGAAGACACAUUUACCAAGGAUGACUUGCUUGGUGAAGUAAAAAUUCAUUUGGGACCAGUUCUUGAGUAUGGGAGCAUACCAGAAACUGCUUAUAAUGUUGUGAAGCAGCAGAAUUACUGUGGAGAGGUUCAUGUGGCUCUCACUUUUCAUCCUGAGGGUGGGCGGUAUUGAACUUGGCUAGGGCAAAGUCAGAUUGAUUGAUGGAUGGAGAGACUAAAAUAAUAAUUGGUAGUUCUACCAACAUUUCUUGUACUGGCCUAGAAAUUUCUUUGAAACAAAUAAGCAACAAUGGUUAUUAUGUUUGAAACAUAUGCCUUUUGAAUUUCAACUUAAGUUUACCUAACUUAGUAUGUUCUAGUUAUAUUUGGGUAUAUUUCUGCAGUCAAUUCUAUCAUAGAUGACGAGUUAGAACUGCAA